GGAACUCCGGGCGGGCGGCUUGUUGAUAAUAUGGCGGCAGGAGCUGCCCGGGCAUCUCGAGGAAGCGGUGGGGCCCACACCCGGAAGAAGGGUCUUAUUUCUGACUAGUGCAGCGGCCCCUGCGGGCCCGGAAGUCCCGGCCGCUUGACUGAAUGAGGGGAGCCGGGCCCUCCCCGCGACAGUCCCCCCGCACCCUCCGCCCCGACCCGGGCCCCGCCAUGUCCUUCUUCCGGCGGAAAGUGAAAGGCAAAGAACAAGAGAAGACCUCAGAUGUCAAGUCCGUUAAAGCUUCAGUAUCUGUACAUUCCCCACAAAAAAGCACUAAGAAUCAUGCCUUGCUGGAGGCUGCGGGACCAAGUCAUGUUGCCAUCAAUGCCAUUUCUGCCAACAUGGACUCCUUCUCCAGUAGUAGGACGGCCACCCUCAAGAAGCAGCCGAGCCACAUGGAGGCCGCUCACUUCGGAGACCUGGGCAGAUCUUGUCUGGAUUACCAGACGCAAGAGACCAAAUCAAGUCUUUCAAAGACCCUUGAACAAGUCUUACGUGAUACUAUUGUCCUUCCAUAUUUUAUUCAAUUCAUGGAACUUCGGAGAAUGGAACAUUUGGUUAAAUUUUGGCUGGAGGCCGAAAGUUUUCACUCUACAACCUGGUCCCGAAUAAGAGCACACAGCCUGAACACAGUGAAGCAGAGCUCACUGGCUGAGCCUGUCUCUCCGUCUAAAAAGCAAGAAAACACAGCAUCUUUUUCGACUGAGUCUCUUGACAAGAGAUUGGAGGAUUCUAGCUCAGCUCCACAGCUUAUGACUCACUCAGAAGAAAUUGACCUGAAUGAUAGAACUAAUAUCACCCAGAAUCACUUGCUGCUUUCCGAGGAACGUGACAGUGUCCGUUCUCUUCAACUUGAAGUGACCAGAGCAGGGGCUCAUCAAGCUUCUAUAGAAGCCCAGGAACCCUCCUCCAGGCUUGUAGUUGUCAGUAGAAACAACCCCUCUUCUCCGUUGAAAGAAUUGUCAGGAAAAUUAAUGAAGAGUAUAGAGCAAGAUGCCGUGAAUACUUUUACCAAAUAUAUAUCCCCAGAUGCUGCUAAACCAAUACCGAUUACGGAAGCAAUGAGGAAUGACAUCAUAGCAAAGAUUUGUGGAGAAGAUGGACAGGUUGAUCCCAACUGUUUCAUUUUGGCGCAGUCCAUAGUCUUCAGUGCAAUGGAGCAAGAGCACUUUAGUGAUUUUCUGAGAAGUCACCAUUUCUGUAAAUACCAGAUUGAAGUGCUGACCAGUGGGACUGUUUACCUGGCUGACAUCCUGUUCUGUGAGUCAGCCCUCUUUUAUUUCUCUGAGUACAUGGAAAAAGAAGAUGCAGUGAAUAUCUUACAGUUCUGGUUGGCAGCAGAUAACUUCCAGUCUCAGCUUGCUGCCAAAAAGGGCCAGUAUGAUGGACAGGAAGCACAGAAUGAUGCCAUGAUUUUAUAUGACAAGUACUUCUCGCUCCAAGCUACACAUCCUCUUGGCUUUGAUGAUGUUGUCCGGUUAGAAAUUGAAUCCAAUAUCUGCAGGGAAGGUGGGCCACUCCCUAACUGUUUCACAACUCCGUUACGUCAGGCCUGGACCACUAUGGAGAAGGUCUUCUUGCCUGGCUUUUUGUCUAGCAAUCUUUAUUACAAGUAUUUGAAUGAUCUCAUUCACUCUGUUCGAGGAGAUGAAUUUCUGGGAGGGAACGUUUCACUGGCUGGUCCCAACCCCUCAGGCCCUCCUGAUGAGUCCCACCCAGGCGGUCCCGACAGCUCUGCUUCUCAGUCCAGUGUAAAAAAGGCCAGUAUUAAAAUUCUGAAAAAUUUUGACGAAGCAAUAAUUGUGGAUGCUGCAAGUCUGGAUCCCGAAUCUCUCUAUCAGCGGACAUAUGCAGGAAAUUGCACCCUUUUUUUGGUCUUAUUUAGGAAGAUGACAUUUGGAAGAGUUAGUGACUUGGGGCAGUUCAUUCGAGAAUCUGAGCCUGAACCGGAUGUGAAGAAAUCAAAAGGAUCCAUGUUCUCCCAAGCUAUGAAGAAAUGGGUGCAAGGAAAUACUGAUGAGGCCCAAGAAGAGCUAGCUUGGAAGAUUGCUAAAAUGAUAGUCAGUGACGUAAUGCAACAGGCACAGUAUGAUCCACCACCACUGGAGAAGUCUACAAAGCUAUGACUCAGGCCUGAGAUUCAGGAAAUCUACUUCUGAGAAACCAGAAAACUAUUUUCCCUUGGUUGGAAUCUUCAGCACAGCCAGUGAAAACAGAGCACUCUAUUUCUCUUCACUGAUGCAUCACUGUUGUUUCCAAGAAAAGAAUGAGAGACAAUCCUAGACUUCCACCGUAAUGCAGAGUAACGUGUAGACAUAACUUGAUGCACAUGAUGUUCACACAGUGAAAGUUGUAAAGAUACAAAGUGGUAUUGUUUACAUUACUAGAAAAACGUUAGUUCUCCAUGGCAAUAACCCAUUUAUGAGAGUGGUUUAGCCCCCUGGACUAGACAGGGAGCACAUGCUGUGGGAAGCAGACAGGCCUCAGGCUGCUGUCAACCGAUCCAUCGUAGCAGCAUCACAAAGCAGGUGCCGGAGGUGCCCUGCAUGGUCCUCCUAAAACACACAGGAGCCGGCCCACUGAGAGCCAGGUUGGCCCGAGUGGGCGGCGGUGCGGUGCUAGUAGUGGGGCAGGGAGAGGAGAGGACUCGCCACGCAGCCUCCCUUCCCAGAGGCGUUACUUCAGAAGGAGAUUGACCUGGUGUGGGUCAGGCCUCGGUGACAUCGUCCAGUUUGCAAACGCUUCCUUGCUUCUGAGAUGCAGUGUCUUUGAAGCUGUCUCUUCCUGCUAACAAAGGGUGGUUGUGGCUUCCUCUGAGCAUUAGAACUUACUCCUUUGAAUUUUGCGCUCCAGUUACUUAACUUUCCCUUCGGCACAUGUGUGCAGAGAAAGAAUAAUGAUCACUCCAGUUUUCCCCUGUAGUACCUUGAACAAAAUGGUUGUACCCAGAUUGUACUGUCCUUAUUUUAAUAAGAUGGGUAGGUUGGGCUGGAGGGAGGGAAGAAUUCACCCAGAUGUGACGGCCUCCACUGCUCUUGGCUGGGAGCUGGGAGGUAUACAUCUGGCGGCCUUUUUUCUGUCUUCAGAGUAGCAGUAGACAGACUCACUGUUCUUCUGCCCAGCCCACUUCUGCACGGGAACUCCCAGCCAUCCACAGGACUGCCCUGUUGGCAAGCACACUCGACUGGCCCUCAGCGCUAGGGCUUCCCCAAGCACGCAAAUGUUGGAGGGGAAGGUUCAUUCUCUUAGAUGUAAUUGCUUUUGCAAAAAAAAGAAAAUAUAUAUAUAUAUAUAAAUAUAUAAUUAUCAAUCACUUCUGUCCUUGAAAAAGUCUUGAAUGAACAAAGAAUUUAUUCCAUUGCAAUAGUUGAUUAUAUAGAAGCUCCCUGUUUCAUCAGCAGAAGAGGCGACAAGGCGAUGUGUAAGUUUUUGGUACUGUGUACCACCUGUUCUAAAGCUGAAGUAUUCAUGUACUUAAACCAUAUUCUAUUUAAUUGUGUUUGAUUUUAAAAUAUAUAUAUGAAUUAUAUUUAAAAUUGUGUCAGCUUUCUGCUUUUAGGGCAUUUAUGGCUCUCCUGUUGAAUAUUUUAAUCGUUCCAAAAUAUUUCCAUUUGCUUUACAAAAACCCUGAACUUGAGCCACUGCUGGACCUAGGCUUGUGUUUGGACUGUGCCGCGUAGACCUGAGGUGUUUUACUAGGUAUAUACUUUGUGAUUAACUUAUUGUUCUUUUUAACAGAAUAUUUCUAUCCACUGCACAUUGCUUAAAUCUAAGUAACAGAAAAGCAAUACAAAGGUCAUAGAAUAAACUGUGGUUUGGGGUAACUCUGGCUGCCUCUGCAUGUGUCAGCGUAACAAAUUUUGUACGUUUCCAGGCUAUCUGAGCUAAUGCUUUCAUUUAAGAUAAUUUCGAGCAAUUUCUUUGCAUAUGUUUUGUGCUUCUGAGCCAGCGAUGCCAGUCGUUGUGCGCAUCUUGAUGAGAGAAGAGCAAGUUUGAGAUUCAGUUACCUUUUCUCUGCUCCCCACUGGUGUGCAAGGCCUGAGGUUAUUAGCCACAUUUAGUAUUUAACCUAAAGUUCUAGCAUUGAGAACCCACAGUGUGUCAGGUUCUGUUCAGUCUGUAGACUGUGAUUCCCUGGCAGGGAUUGGAUAGGCUCAAGGAAUCCCAAGAAUAAGCUUUGACUUGAUCAUGUCAUUAACAUCAAAUGCAGCUUGUUUAAAAGGAGAAGGUAGUAAUGAGGAAAUGAUGCCUCUUGUAACUUGGCGUGUCUCCAUCACUUCUCUAAGAUUGGAUGAAAGUAAAAAAACAUGUCAACUAAAUCCAGUGAAAAGCAAUGAAACAGGGAGCAGCUUUUUGUAGCGUGUUCUGCUUGAGUGUCAGUACCGUGCAGAGCUGUACAGAAUGGAAGUGUCUGCCAGUCCUGGAGCUUUGGUUCAAUAGGGGUCUGGAAGGUCAUUGUGAGCUGUAGAAAACCACAGACUCCUGCGUUGGUUUAUGUAAGUAUUGGGACCUAAGUCCCUGAAGAAGCUGCUUGCUCUCUGGUGAUGCCUGGGGACCUGACUCACAGGAACCACCCCUCUCCCCUGGCCCCAGGCUUGGGGGAUAUGAGAAUUCUGCCUCUUACCUUUUCCUCCCUCUCCUCCACACACCAGUUGAUUGAGGGUUGAACUGAUCCCAACAGGCCCCAUUCUUAUCUCCUGGGAUGGUUGCUCACAGAGUCAGGAGCCAGCACGGUGUCAGCAGACCUCAGUUGGUAACCCUGACCACUGUGCUUCCCAGCUUUCUGCCUCCAGUCGUGCACCCUUGCCUCAGGCUCUGAUCAUCCCUUGGGUAUGAACUGUGGGUUUUUUUCAGGAGCAGUUGAGUUUCUAGUAUGCCUAACAAAAAGGAUCUUAACUUUAGAAGCCUAGUGACCCUGUAUCCUGAGUAAGACUGCAAAAACGCUGCUGAGUUCUAGAAAAGUUUACUUUUGUCACUCCCCCACCCCCAUUCAUCUUGUGGUUUUUCUCAAAAUGGAAUCCUGAUCUAUUGGAACUGAAAGACACUCAUUUUAGUAGUAGGAGUUACUCAGUAAGAGAAUGACCAGGAGGUGCCUGGCAUCCUGUGAGAUGGUGGCCGUCAGAACUGAGGGCAGGGGUCUCUGUUCAUGUUUCCCAACUUCUUACUGAAGAGUAACAUAAUCUCCAUCUUAGCAACUCUUAAGUGGCCUAGAAAUGAUGUUUCAGCGGAUGAGUGCCUGUUAGAAACUUAUAGUGAGGGAAGUGGGUAUCUAUUACACACUCUGUCAGCGCUGACUGCUCCUAUGAGCAAGGCCUUUGGCUGAAGGCCUAGAGGAAAGGAAGCAUCAGUAAAAUCCGUAAGGUGAUGUCAGUGGCCCACACCAUUACAUGCCCUCUUAGCCAGUCACAGGCGAGCAUUGUGGGCCCUGAGGAAGCCUCUGCCUGCUUGGGCAGAGCCUGGAAUGGCCUUGAUGAGAGGGUCAGUGUGAGCUGAGACCCGCAGGGUCAUUCUUAAGCUUAGAAAGGGGUUGCUGCCCAUUUCUUGGCGUGGCACCCAGGCCAGUUGUUUCUUUUAAAUGGCCUGGUCAAGUACAUUGAGGGGUCACAGAGCUCCUUUGAGUCACCAGACCCCUUGCCCGAGGCCGCCCCCUCUUAGCAGCCCCUCUGGCACCUGUAGCACUGGGCCCUUAAGUCCCCUGAGUAGCACCUGUGAGCACAGGCUGGCGCAGGGAGGUUAGGUGAGCCUAGAAAAAAUGGACUCCAAGGGAGCUAGGAUUUGCAAAGAAGCAAACGAGAGGAAAGUUGUGACAGCUGUGGCAUUCUUCCCAGCAUCAGAUUUGCCAGUCUCCUGCCUUUAAACGUGCCUUCCGCCUCUUCCCCCAAUGAUUGCUGGCUUCUGCCUGUGCAACAUGUGGAAGAGGCUCUGCCUGAGAGAAGCACCAGCUAGGACUCGGCCUCUGCAUCCGGGCUCCAGCCUCAGCAGCUCACCAAACCCAACCGACACUCCUACGGCAACCUCUGUUCCUUCCAAUUCCAGUGAGUGUUCACCCUGGUCAUGCCAGGCACUGUUUAUGAUGCAGGGACACAGGAACAAAGUAAACUUCCAAGGUCCUGUGGAGCUUGGGAUCUACUGAGGAAGAAAUGGAAGUUCCUUCUGAAACACAUGCUGUUGUUUUUGACUCAAGAUGACUUUGGGGGCUCAGGCCCAGGUUUAACUCUCCUUACCACCUGUGCGAAAGAAAAUCAUUGGGUCACUUAGACACCAUCCUCCCCCAGUCUCCAACACACACACACACCACCACCACCACCACGUUACUGCACGUAUGCAGUGUGAAGUCACAGCCUUGACAACUAUUGAACUAUUUCCUUGAAACAGCUCCUCUGCGUGCUGCGUUAAUGACACCAGUGCUGACCACCGUAACAAUGUUGACCCUCUCCCAGGCACUAUCCUGUUUGAGCCUUAAGACAGGGUUGCAAGGGAAGUGCUUCAUUCUUUUCCCUUCUUGGAACUGAAGAGAGUGAGGCUCAAGAAGCAAAGGGAUUUUUUCCCCAGGAUCUCAAGCCAGGAAUCUCCCAUGGUGUUACGCUGCAGUCACUUGCUCUUCUCUCAUUUUGCUGCUCACUGAUGGUCAGCACAUGGCAGAUGUUGGAGGCUUAAGAAAACUGGCUGGGUCAUGGCUCCAAAAUGAAAACAUUCCACCCAUUACCUUAGAACAGUAGUUUAGACGCUUUCACACUUGUCACGAUUUCCCCAAAGAUGUUAAAUCGUAGAUGGCUGGGCCUAACCUGAGUUUCUGAUUUCGUGGGUUUGAGAUGGGCCCCAAAAAUAAUCAUUUUUGAAAGGUUUCUCAGAUGUUGAUGAUACUGCUCUGGAGUCAACACUUUGGAGAAUCACUGUCUUAAAGUCUUUCCAGCAAGUCGGGAAAUGAGUGUUUCCCUUUCCUGGCUGUAGUCCAUGCUACACAGAAAUGUAACUUGAGGCUGAUUACUCAACACAAGUCCUUUGUUAGUGUUCAGAUGCUUAUCAAAGCUCAGAGCACCCCUGCUCCAUCCCUGCUUUCUCAGAUCAGGAGAACCUGAGGCCCUCAAGGCCAAUCUCACUGGGUGAGGCUCAGCCCGGUGGUCGUCCGCUCCCAGACCCGAAGCCUUUGCUGGGGCAGGGCUCUGGGCAGUUCUCUGGAAAUGAGACUUUGCACUCUUGGGGUCACACUCAGAUCCCCAGUGAGUCCUUUUGCACAACUCCUGGCUGUUCCAUGUCUUUGCAGCUAGCUUGUCUCCCUAGCCCUUGGUGCCAGUAACCCUCCAGGAGCCUGACCCCACUCCUUCACUGUCCUUUCCCACUCUGUCCUGGGACCUCAUUCUUGCUUUCCUUGCCUGCUUUCUGACCCUUCGUCUUCAUGUGUUCCUGUAGCACAUCGUUCCUGAUGGCCUGCUACAUGGCCUGUGCUAGUUGCCGGGGACACAGUCGAGUCAGGGAUGUGUUGCCUGCCCUCCCUGUGGUCUAGGAACAAGGUGUUACGCGUGAGAGGAGUGCCAUGACGGUAAAGAACCCACAUCCUUACGGGAGUAAGGGAGGUGAGCUCCCUCAUCUCCUCAUGGCUCACACUUCCCGAUCCAGUCAGUCUUCCUGCCUGUUCUUCCCUCAAAAUGUUGGGGUGUUUUUCACAGUCCCGGUUGUGUUACUCUUGCAUCCCUGACUGGAGCAGGACUAUGUCCAAAUUGCCCACCAGCACGUGUCCUAGCUGUUGCUGUUGCUUCCAGUUUGGCUCAAGGUCCUCAUUCAGCCCUUCCCCGGGGAACCUGUCUACGUUGCCCUCCGGCUGCAGGAAGCUCCUGGCUCUGCUUCUCCCACUCUGACACACCAUUCCUGGCUUCCCUCAGGCCUUCCCUUCCCACCAGGAAGCAUCUCUGCUCAGGCUGACCAUCCGCCCAGCAACCUGUGACCUGGGAUUCUUUGCUCAUUCUAUUCCCAAGAAUGGAAAAAAUAUUGAGGAUGGGUGUUGUAUCCACCCCUAAGCAAACUCAGCCAUCUCGCAACUGCUCUACCUCUGGUUUCUUCUCACGAGUGUUAAUCCACAACAACCUCGAACAACGCAAGUUCGAGUGGUCAUAAAUUCCUCCUGUUGGAGUGGGUCCAAAGAAGGGAGGGAAGGAACGGUCAUGAUCCCAGCAAGCUAACUCACCAUCACCAGAGCUCAAUUAUGUAAAGCUGCCUUUCAGAGAGCGAUUUCAGAAGCGGUGUAGUGAGCAGUGUUGUUGCGAGGACCACAGACCUAUCCCCGUAACGGGGGUGGGGACAGUCCAGAAGGGAUGGGCUGCGUGGACGGCUGCAACGCCUGUGUCAGGUGUGUGUGUUUUAAAGUGCUGCAUCUCAGCUUCACCACGAGGCGGGGAGAGACAUGUCAGAACACUGGCUGUAGGAAUCAUGAAGAUGUUGCUUUCCAAGAGGCGUAUAGAAAAUUCAGAUCAAACUGCUAUUUGAAAUGUGAGAAUGGGAAAAAAGCAAUAUUUUGUAUUAAUGUCCUAGUGUAUAUAAUGUUAUUUUAAAUAAGCAUGUUAACUAAAUAAAUUAGAUACUAUAAAACUA